UUAGGGUUUGAUUUCGCAGCUGUUGCUGCUGCGUCGCGUCUCACCUCGUCUCGAUCUGUCUCUUGUCUCUCUCGCGCCUUCCAUCGUGCUACGCAAUGGCGGUUCGCGGGGUUUGGCAGCUGCAGAAGCUCAUCGUCUGCUUCUGUGAUCACUCUGGAAGUAGCGCUGGUGCCCGCGAGUUCGUCGCCCGCAUUUUCCCUACCCUCCAGAAGAACAACCCUCAAUUUGAGGUUGCCACUCAACUGGUCCCUGGCCAACAUCCUUACCUUCGAGGCCUUUACUUGAAUAAGAACGAUAGAGUGGUGGAUGUGAAGAAUAAGAAUGCAGAAGAGAUCUUGACACAAGCUAUGAGAUUACGCAAUUCGACGGGCAGGAAGGUCGUGAAGCUCAAAACGCGACAUGUAACAUUUAAUCCGAGCGUCCAGGGUUCUUGGUCCCCAGAGGUCAAAUUUUGACAUUUUUGAGUCUUGUCUUCUGAGCUUCGUGUUCGCAUUUUAUAAUCUUCUCCCUCUGUAGUGUAGUUCACGUAGGGUUAGAGACCCCUACCAUAAUUUCGACCUUUCCUGGUCGUUUUAAGAUCUUAUGUUGGCAACACAGAACAGGAUGGAUGUGUACAGAACUUGCAACACUUCCUGACAGUGAAAUUCAGGAAUUUAAUCUCAGUUGAGGAUAUGAAAACACACACUGUCGACUGAAGUUUUUUUAAUUUUCGCAGUGCCUGGACACUAUCUUUCGUAGUUCA